AUGGCGCUCAUAUCCGCAAAGACCAUCAUCACCUCCAUCUCCCUCUUCCACAUCACCCUGGGCUUCUUCUUCCUCACCAACCCCGUCACCGUUGCCGACCAGUCUCUGGUCUGGGUUAUUGGCGAGGCCAUGGGCAUGCCCUACUCGCGCAACUUCGAAACCCAGUCUCCCGCACUCGCCUUCCUCGCCGUAGGCCUCGCCUUCUUCGGCAUAACCGACCUCGCGUCCUUUGGCCUGCCUGAGGAGGUCUGCCUCGUGCAACACUGGGGUGUACAAGGCAUGUCUCACCACCCACCACCGGCUUGCUGCCCUUUGAACAUCAGCCCCGCGAUACCAUACUAA